AUGCCCAGCCCGGCUUUAAAGGGAUUCGAGGAUUUGUGGUCGACUCCAGGAAUGCGCUUUCGACAGUGCCCAAGAAGUCCCAGAAGGAGAACGCUGCAAUUGGAGAUGAAUUCACAGCUAUCGGAUUUGAGACAGAAGCCGAAGUGUACUCCUGGGCAAGCCUUAAUCGGUGACUUUUCGAACAACGCCUACCACUUCACUUGCUGUGAUGCCGGCGAGAAAUGUCAAGGCUGUCGCACGUCAAGUGGCGGAGUUUGCCAGAAGUGUGCUGCUGGAUAUGUGAUGCAGACCAUACCUAUCAUGAACACUUCCAAGUGUUUCAUUUGUGACGACGUUCCCAAUUGGCGCGACAUGCAGGGACGCUCGUGCAGUGACCUCCAAAAGCAAGGGAUUUGCUCCGGUGGGUGGCCCUCCAAGAGUCAGGACGUGGCCUUCCAGGGCGUUCGGCCCAGUGAAGUGUGUUGUGCAUGUGGGGGUGGUAGCGUCCACCCGACUCCAGUGCAAAUGCCUUUGCAAAGCAAGGCUUUGUAUUUUGGGCAAUCCAUCAACGAAACACCCGAGCCUAUCACUGCGGAAGUACAGCAAGCAGACCCAGCUUGCUCAUUUGCUUCAAGUGGCCUGGAGCUCCUGAAGGACGGCCAAGUUUCAGGGACCAUCACGGUGACAAAUCAGACCGUCAUCAAGUGCUCCACAGUGUCUGUACAAGAUCCAGUGCGAGGCAUCGUGACACACAUCGCCUUUUCGCUACCUGUCUAUGCGUUUUCCUAUGGAGAGCAGGUGGUCUACUUCAAAUUCUGGGGCUUGGACCAGAGCCCAACCCAGCGCAUCGUAGCACCUCAGUCGGUCCAUCCACGGGCCUUGACGAAGUUUCAACUGCAGUGUGAUCCCAAAUGCCAGUGGCUUUCUAUCACUCUGUCAGGCGAACUCCACUGGAAUCCCAUCCCCAGUGGCACAAAGUCCUCGCUGCCAGAAGACCUCAGUGCAGCUGUCACGACCCUGGCAGGGAUGCCCUCCUGUAGCUGCCAAGUGGCGGCAUCGUUGAAUGCCAAACCUGUCUCCAGCCGAUUCCUGGCAGUUCAGGCUCGCCUUUGGAACGCCGCGGCCUAUGAAAUGCCCAGGAUCCUUGCGCGUGUCUCCGCGGCCAUCCCGGAGGUGCAGCUGCUGGAAGACUUGGGGCCGGGCUUGCGCUGGUUCAACCGCUCUGGACAUUCCUUGGCCCUUCCGGUGGUUGAAAACAUCUCCAGCGGAGAGAAGGUGAUCGUCUCAAAGCCCAUCACUCCGAACAUCCUGGAUGUGGAUUGUAGCGAUGCGAAGGGGAAUCCUUUGACCUGGUCACGAAGUGGUGGUGAGGUGAUGCUGAAUGGCGACAUGGCCUUCAAGUUGGACCCCUUGAGUGGCACUAUUAGUGGCACGCCACAGCUGAGCUUGUCCUCUGCCCAAGGGAGGGCCGAGGUGAACAUCACCUGCCAACUCGCGCUGGGAGGCCCUUUGUAUGAUAUGGAGCUCCCGGUAGUCCUCCUCAACGUCCAGAUCAUGGAUGAUGUUUGUUGGGUGCCUAGCAACAUUUCUGGGACCUUCCAAUGGAAAGAGACACCGAACGUUCAAGAAGCAAAGUGCCUACAAGAGUGUCGCCUUCGAGAUGAUUGUGCAGCAAUCCAAUACGACAACAAAAGCUGCAGGGUCAUGGUGGGUGAUGGCAAUCAGUCGUUUGUAGACUCUCAGGUUCUGGUGCGGUUGAACAACUGUUCUGAAGAAGAUGCUGGCCUGAACUUGUUUGUCCCUGGUGCGGGAUAUCUUGAAGGAGAGUUUUCUGUGAUGACAGCCUAUCAUGGCGCAUCCUCAUAUUCUCGUCCUGGAUCCAAUCCUGAUCGACAGCUUCUGCUUGGUCGAAGAGAGAAUGUGGAGCGGGUACCUGCAUCCUGCAUGAAGUCAGCCUGGUUGCUUUUGCACAUCAAUUCCUCUGACUACGAGGACUCAACCGCCAAGAACAAACCCGAGUUCUUCGGAGAUGCUAUGGCUUGUAUCACCCCAGACGUGGUGUCCAACGUCUUCAAAAACGGCCAAGACAUCUUUGAUCUGCAAUUGCUCCCUGCUGAACUUCAAUCUGCGCCCAACUUCGACAAGCCUGCGGCGCUGCAGCCAUCAACCCUGGCGUUGUCGGUGCCCUCCUGCUCAAAGCCAGCAGCAAGCUUCGUCUAUGGCACAGUGAAGGAGCCUGGCAUCUACUCCUUGGACCCCUGUGAGUGCUUUGGGGAAGCGUAUGCCUUGGUAAAUCCCGUGACCCAAGAAUCCAAUGCGGCAGUGCCCCGCAAUGCAGAUGGAAGCUUCAACAAUGGCUCCGUCCCGGACCAAUUGCUCUUCUCUGGGCCCUACACCUGCGAAGAAAGCGCCUCGGUGGGGCAGUUCCUACACUUUGACUUGGAAGGGUGUCAAAAGGCCUGCUCAUCCCAAGCACAAUGCCAAUUCUAUCUCUUUGGAAAGACUUCAGAGACCUGCACCUUGUUCCAGAGUUGCAGAUUCAUCCAAGAUGUUGGACUACAGAUCGUGAAUGAGUUGUAUGGAAUCCCUCCCAAGAGUACUUCCUACUGCCGCAUCGCCAAUCCUCAGAAGUGCUGGCAAGAAAUUAGGCGAAGGAGCAUGCUGAGCUUUACGCCAUCAGCUCUUCCAGACUGCCUUUUCCAGAAGCAGUAUGAUGCCUGUGACGCUUUGCAACUUCUUCUUGGAAAGAAAGACGGCCCUUGCACCCGGUGUGAGUACAUCGAUGCAUCCAGUCCUUUUGCUGCGCAGGGCCUUCAGAAAGUUCCCUUGCCGGAAGUCUUCCCUGCAGCCUCACAGAUCACAGUGACCUGCAACAAGACCAGCAGGAUGUUUGCGAUGCUGGAGGAGGGUCUUCACUGGAAAGGUCGAACAGUUGCCGCAACAUUUACCUGUGUGAGUGGCCAAUGGAUCGGCGAAGGCCCUUGGCGAGAUCUCUCCAACUUCACGUGCCAACGUUGCAUCCAGGUUGGAAGUCCCAGCCUUCAACGGUUCUCCAUGGUCUCGAUGCCAGAAAUCUAUUUCUUGGAGCACCGGCAAGUGCAGGUGAACUAUCCUCUUGCAUGGAAAGGCUGCCCUCGUGCAGGAUUCCUCACGCCAUCUCCGUUACAAUCGGCCCGUUCCAAGAUGUUCAUGGUUUUGGCCAAGAACUUGAGCCUUCAGCUCUCAAGCUCUUCGCCGGGCGGUCUCACCUGGUGGAUAGACACCUACACUGAGCAGCUUCGCGUGAGCAGCAGCGGCGCGGUGAAAUUGGACCCCAACAAGACUUGGUGCGUUUGUGAUACCGCGACUCAGCCCGGCACCCUGUAUGCAUGCCCUUGCACUUCGACCUGCUUGGUGAUGGAAAGGGGCUUCAUUCAGGGAUCCACAGGCAAGUGUGCCCGAGCCCUCGGUCAGACCUUGAAGUACGUGUCGUGCCCGAUGACCCGAGACAUUCCGUUCCUUUGGUACUUCCAGUCUGGGAAUUGCUUCUUCGGCUUUGAUCUCAGCAACACCGCCAAGCGCUUGUGGACUGCCACCUCCGAGGCAGCCACAAGUCCGUCAGCGUCUCCCUUGCGAUUGGGGAACUAUGCCUUCAAGAUGCAUCCGAUUGAGCCGCAAGGAGGUCUUUUUCAGAUCUACAUGGACUACCCUCCCUACAGCGUCCAGCUUUGUCUCCACGCUGAUAUGAGCCAAAAGAAUGGCACUGGGUUUGCUAUGAAAAUCUCAGGCGACUGCCAAUCAGUCUUCAUGUGGAUAGGACAGCACUUGAUCUAUUUCCACCGCAGCGACUUGUCCACCACCUACUACAUGGCGCUGUAUGCGAAUCCUACCGACUUGCGUCAAAUAUUGGUGGCCGAGAAGCAGACGAAGCCUGGAGACCGCUACAACUUCAAGAUGGAUCAUGGUCAGAUUUUUCCAGUGGGGGAGCCCACGAAGUGCCUGCAAGCGAGCCAAAGUGUAGCCUUGCCCAUGCAGGAGACGACAUAUUUGGUCCGACAUGAGUUUACACCUAAUCCGAACCCGCCUUACCCUCUCUGCGACGCCUAUCCGGCAUUCUUUGGAGACCCAUUGCAGGGAGCACGUGGCUGGUACCAGGUUUGUGCAACGUCACCUUUCCUCAAGCUGCAGCCGGGGCCGCCGCCGGAAAUCUUGCAAUACGACGAAUACAACGUUGUCAUUAAAUGCCCAAAAGACUCCGUGAUGAGCAAGGUCAAAUGGCCUCAAUUCAGGAUCUAUCCUCCUCCAUUGCUUGGCCUGAUGGAUCGACCUAACUUAACAAAUGGUCAAGCUGCGUGUGUGCCGGUGGAGACCAUAUACCUGCAGCGGGCAGCUUCCUUUGGUGUGCGGGAGUAUAAGGCCAAGUUCAUCCCUUACAACAUUAACAACAUUUCGGACAACCUGACCUUUGUUUGCCCUCCCGGCUCAUUGAUGCAAAGUAUUUCUAUACAGGCAUUUGCAUGGAACAGCAUGACAUUCUCUUGUAUUGGACCUUGGGAGACGUUAGUCGCACCUCCCAGCAGUUUGAGCAGCGCUUAUUUCGAGAACUGCAGCCAAAAUUGGACACAAUCCUGGAGCACUGAAAGCAGAUCACCUAACUCCUCAUCGUCAGGUGAUUGGAUGGAGCUGGGCAGCUGUGAAACCUCACUCUCGGUAGCGAUGCCCGAGACCCCAAACCCCAACGCGGACGCGCGACCACUGGAUUUGAAGAUCUCUAAUUUGCAAUCCUUGUCGUCCAAGGAAAGAGCAGCGUACACACGGGCACCUGCAAUCCACAUCGCCGCAGACAAUGCUGAAAAAGUCCUUUUCACUUGCUUACCAGGCCAUGCCGAAGGGCCGUUGUUGGGUGGAAAUCGUACAACCCUGUGUGCUAGCAAUGCGGCGGUGAAGGUGAGCGAUCUCUCCCAAGCCUCAGCCUUGUUUGUGGACCAAUUUCAGACACUAUGGAGUCAGAAGAGUUGCCCUGUGCUGAUGAAAUCCGCUACCGUGGGCGAUAUCACCAACACCGCAAAGGGUGGCAUGACGAUGGCACAGUUGACCCACAUCCUUCGCUUGGCAUAUCACGCAACUGCCUUUGGAGACCCUCACGCAGCACCCUUCAACUACACUGGCCAAGGCCGUGGGAUUUCUGAGUGUCGAGCCCGGUGGAGCACCAUGGGGUUUGCGCUGCCCUAG